AUGGCUUCACAGUUUGUAACGGCCUUUCCUCCCCUUCCAGCCUUGGUGUCUCGCUGGCCAUUUGUCUUGCUGGCUACGGUGGCCGCCGUCUUCGUCAUUCUCGCCACAAACUACUUUCACCACGGCUUCCACAAGUACCCGGGCCCCCGGCUGGGCGCCGUGUCCGACCUCUGGCGCUUCCUGAGUGUCUGGCGCGGCAAGCCGCAGGACGAUCUGCGCGCGCUGCACGCAAAGCACGGCGACGUCGUGCGCGUCGGACCCAAUGCGCUGUCGUUCAGCCACCCCGACGCCGUGCGGGACAUUUACGGCAUCAGCAACAAGCUGACCAAGAGCGCCUUCUACCCGGUGCAGAUGCAGCUGUCGCGCGGCGUGGUGCUGCAGUCGCUCUUUGGCACGCAGGACCAGGACUACCACAUGCGCCUGCGGCGGACCGUCACCAGCGCCUUCUCCAUGACGGCCAUCCGGCAGUACGAGCCACGCGUCAACGAGACGGUCCGCGUGUUUCUGAAGCAGACCGAGCGGCUGUACGCCGGCCGUGGCAGCGACACGGGCCACGAGGUGGUGUGCAACUUUGUGCAGUGGCUGCAGUACUUUGCCUUUGACGUCAUUACGGAAAUCACCUACAGCCGACGCGUGGGCUUUGUCGACCGCUGCGAGGACGUCGACGGCAUCAUUGCGUGGCUGGCGGGCAUCUUCGACUACCAGGCGCCCGUGGGCCAGAUGCCCUGGCUGGACCGGCUGUUUGUCAAGAACCCGGUGCGCACGCUGCUGAGCAAGUACGGCUUCAUCGACAACUCGUCGGCCACGGCCAAGUUCUCGCGCGCGCGCAUGGCCGAGCGGUUUGCCGAGAUGGAAGAGAAGGUGACGCGGGCGCAGAGCGGCGGCAGUGGCAGUGGCAGUGGCGACGACGACACGGCAGUGGUCGACAAGGACAGCAUGGAUCUGUUGACCAUGUUCUGCCGCGCGCAAAAGGCGGACCCGGCCUUUUUCGACGACGGCCGGCUGCUGACAAUGACGACGUCGAUUGCGCUCGCAGGGUCGGACACGACGGCGGCCAGUCUCUCGGCUGUCUUUUACCAUUUGCUCAAGAACCCGCGGUGCUACACCCGGCUGGUGGCGGAAAUCGACCACGCCGUCAUUGCGGACGCCGACAUUGUCACGUACGCCGAGGCCCAGCAGAUGCCGUACCUCCACGCCUGUAUCCAGGAGACGUUCCGCAUGCACCCGGCCAUUGGCCUCGUCCUAGAGCGCCUGACGCCGCCGCAGGGCAUUGAGAUAGCUGGCCAGUUCGUCCCAGGCGGCACCGUCGUCGGCUGCAAUCCGUGGGUCAUCCAUGCGCGGCAGGACGUCUUUGGCGACGAUGCCGACGUGUUUCGGCCGGAGCGGUGGAUGGUGGACAAGGAUGCCGACCCGGCCGCAGAAGCAGAAGAGGAGGCGCGCAUCAAAGACAUGGCCAACACGCUGUUUCACUUUGGCGGCGGCUCAAGGACAUGUCUCGGCAAGCACAUUGCCCUCCUCGAGAUGUACAAACUCGUGCCGAGUUUUCUACGGCGGUUCGAUGUGCAGCUGACGACAGACGAGGACUGGGACCUGCACAAUGCGUGGUUUGUCAAGCCCAAAAAGUUUGACGUCAAGAUUGUGUCGAGGUCGGGGUGA